AUGGCUUAUUGUUUUCUUCUUGUAAUUGUAUUUUGUUGCAUACUGGUUACUACUGCCAAUAUCAUCCAUGCAUGCAACCAAAUUGAACACACUUCUCUCUCGACCUUCUUUCUUGCUCUUUCUUCUCCCUCUUCCUUAAAUUGGACAUCCAACGACUGUUGCCACUGGGAAGGCAUCAAUUGCGAUGCCGCUGGUUUGGUCACUCAUCUCUCUUUGCCCUCCAAAGGGCUCACACUCAAACAAGGUACUACUUUUCCUUCAUGGAAGCUACCACUUGAAAAUCUCUCACAUCUCACCCACUUGAAUCUCUCCUACAAUUCCUUAGAUCAAACUGUUGCCUCCUUCUUGUCCUUGAGUCAUCUUGAGGUCCUAGAUUUGAGGUCUAACCUUCUUUCUGGGGAGCUACCACUUUCUCUACCAUCCAAUAUCCAAUUGCUGGAUUUGUCCAACAAUCACAUCAGUGGUCCAAUUCCAUCUCGAUUUUUUCGACAAGCUAGAAAGUUAACUAGUUUCCAGGUUAGCAAUAAUAUGUUCUCAGGAUCAAUCCCCUCCUCGAUCUGUCUUCACUCUUCUCCAUUGAUCAGUUUAUUGGAUUUUUCCUUUAAUGAUUUCAGUGGCAGUUUGUCUAGUGGAUUAGGAGAGUGUUCUCAACUCAAAGUUUUUCGUGCCGGGCACAAUAACCUCUCAGGGUUACUUCCACAAGAUAUCUACAAAGUUGCCAGACUUGAAGAUAUUGCACUACCUUUCAAUUCACUUGAUGGGGUCAUUGAGGAUAGACUUUCGAAUCUAACUAACCUUGUGAUUCUUGACCUCCAAGUCAACCAAUUGAGAGGUGUGCUUCCUCUCAAUUUUGGUAGUCUCUCCAAGUUGAAACUCUUGCUCCUUCAUUGGAACAAUCUUGAAGGUUCUAUACCCCCAUCUUUGAUGAAUUGCACAAACCUUGUAGAGCUAAAUCUAUUAGGCAAUAAGCUCCAGGGGGAUAUUUCCGGGCUUAAUUUCUCAAAACUUACUCAACUUACUGUACUUGACCUCCUUUCCAAUAAGUUGAAUGGCAGUUUGCCAAUGAGUCUAUAUUCUUGCAAGUCCCUUAAAGCAAUUCGACUUGGUAUAAACAAUAUAGAGGGAGAGAUACAACCUGAGAUUCUAUCACUGAAAUCCUUGUCCUUCCUGUCCAUUUCUCACAGUAGGUUGAGCAAUAUCACAAAGGCAAUGAACAUACUGAGGCAUUCCAAAAGUCUUGUAUUUUUAUCCUUUCUGUUUAGUUUUGAAGCAGGCGAGGAGAGUCCAGCUGAUUUCGGAAUAGUUGAUUUUGAUGGCGGGUUUCAAAAUCUUGUAUUUUUGAAUCUGCGUGGUUGUAACCUCGCCGGUAAGAUGCCUGCAUGGUUAUCCAAGCUCAAAAAUCUAGCAGUGUUAAGUUUAGCUGAUAAUAAAAUCACAGGACCAAUUCCAAGUCAGUUGGGGACUCUCCCAAGGCUGUUUCAUGUGGAUUUUUGUUCAAACAGAAUUGAAGGUGAAUUUCCGAAGCAACUUCUGGGACUACCUAUGUUGGUUUCUAAAUCUAAUCAAAGUGCACAUCAGGAUGAUGUUUAUCUUGAACUGCCUGUGUUCAACACGGGUAAGCAAUACAGGUCCUUGUCUUACUUUCCACGGAUGCUGAGAUUGAUGCACAACGACUUGCAUGGAAGUAUACCUAUUGAAAUUGGCCAUUUGGAUCGUCUCCAAGGCUUGUGGCUUAGCAACAACAGCUUGAGCGGCAGCAUCCCCACCCAAAUAUCAAACAUCAAAGACUUGAAUAGUUUGCAACUCUCCGAGAAUCAUUUGUCCGGAGAAAUCCCAUCAUCAUUGAAUAGCUUGAAUUUCUUGUCGGCUCUUAAUGUCUCCUACAACAAUCUGGAAGGGCGAAUACCAAAAGGAACUCAAAUCCAAGGCCUUAAUGCAUCUGCAUUUGAAGGGAACCCGAAACUUUGUGGCCUUCCACUUCCAAAUGAGUGCCAAGCAAGUAACAAAAUUGAUGACCAAGACGUGGACAACAACGAGGAACAUGGUAUUCCGUGGUUUUAUGUUCCUACUGGGCUCGGGUUUAUUAUAGGAUUCUGGGGAGUCUGUUGCUCGUUGAUUUUCUUCAAGGCAUGGAGAUAUGCGUACUUCCGUUUCAUAGAAAAGGUACAAGAUAUGUUGUACGUAAUGAUCGUUGUGCGUGUCAACAAGAUGAAGAGGAGGGUUAGUGCUGGGUUGCUAGACGUUGAUUUGUAA